CCUCUGUCAACUGAAGCAGACUCCACAAACUGAACCGGUCGUUGUGACAGAAACAUGGCGGCCUUCAGUAAAUAUGUGACUGCGAAGAACUCCUCGAUAGCAGGUGGCGUUUUACUGGUUUUAUACCUGCUGAAGCACCGACGACGGACGGCCAGGCAGGACGGAAGAAAAGGAGGCUCAGAUCUAUUGCUGAACACUGAGAAAGAUGGAAGCAGAAAAGACAGAGCAGUGGUGGACAAGGUUUUCUUCCUCCGAAUCCUCCGGAUUCUGCGGAUCAUGGUUCCUCGACUCUUCUGCAAGGAGACCGGAUACCUUAUCCUUAUCGCCGCCAUGUUGGUGGCCAGGACCUACUGUGACGUGUGGAUGAUCCAGAACGGCACCAUGAUUGAAAGUGCAAUUAUCGGUCGCUCCACAAAAGAUUUCAAGAUCUACUUGUUCAGCUUUAUCAAAUUCAUGCCACUUAUUGCCUUGGUGAACAACUUCCUGAAGUUGGGCCUGAACGAAUUGAAGCUGAGGUUUCGAGAGAGGCUCACAAAGAGUUUAUAUGACCAGUACCUGCAAGGUUUCACCUACUACAAAAUGGGAAACCUGGACAACCGGAUAGCCAACGCAGACCAGCUGCUGACACAGGACGUGGAGAAGUUCUGCAACAGUGUGGUGGACCUGUACUCCAACCUCAGCAAGCCUCUGUUGGACAUCGGUCUGUACAUCUUCAAGCUGACAAGUGCCAUCGGUGCUCAGGGCCCAGCCAUCAUGAUGGCCUACCUGCUGAUCUCUGGUCUGUUCCUGACCAGACUGAGGAGGCCAAUAGGAAAGAUGACAGUGACGGAGCAGCGCUACGAGGGAGAGUACCGCUACGUCAACUCCCGCCUCAUCACCAACAGUGAGGAGAUCGCCUUCUACAACGGGAACACGAGGGAGAAACAGACCAUCCACUCCACCUUCAAAAAGCUGGUGGAUCACCUACACAACUUCAUCUUCUUUCGUUUCUCCAUGGGGUUUGUGGACAGUAUAAUAGCCAAGUACCUGGCCACUGUGGUGGGUUACCUGGUGGUCAGCCGGCCAUUCCUAAAUCUGUCCCACCCCCGACACCUGCACAGCACACACUCUGAGCUGCUGGAGGACUAUUACCAGAGUGGGAGGAUGCUGCUGAGAAUGUCCCAGGCCCUGGGCAGGAUUGUACUGGCUGGUCGAGAGAUGACCCGCCUCUCAGGGUUCACGGCUCGCAUCACUGAACUCAUGAAAGUCCUGAAAGAGCUGAAUGCUGGGAAAUAUGAGCGCACCAUGGUCUCCCAGCAGGAGAAGGAGUUGGACGCUGCAGAGAAACUCGUCCUGGUGCCUGGAAGUGGUCAAAUUAUCAACAGAGACAACAUCAUCAAGUUUGACCACACUCCACUAGCUACACCCAACGGAGACGUCCUGAUCAGAGACCUCACAUUUGAGGUUCGGUCUGGUACCAAUGUUCUUGUGUGUGGACCAAAUGGCUGUGGAAAGAGCUCCCUGUUCAGAGUGCUGGGAGAGCUGUGGCCUCUGUUUGGAGGAAGCCUGACAAAACCUGAGAGAGGGAAGCUCUUCUACGUCCCACAGAGACCCUACAUGACUCUGGGCUCUCUGAGGGACCAGGUCAUCUACCCCGACACCUAUGAGGAGCAGAGGAGGAAAGGCAUCUCUGAUCAGGUGUUGAAGGAUUACCUGGACAACGUUCAGCUGGGUCACAUCCUGGACAGGGAGGGCAGCUGGGACUCAGUCCAGGACUGGAUGGACGUCCUCAGUGGAGGGGAGAAGCAGAGGAUGGCUAUGGCCAGACUGUUCUACCAUAAACCUCAGUUUGCCAUCUUGGAUGAGUGCACCAGUGCAGUGAGUGUAGACGUGGAGGAUUACAUCUACAGCCACUGCAGGACGGUGGGCAUCACCUUGUUCACAGUGUCCCACAGAAAGUCUCUGUGGAAGCACCACAAGUACUAUCUCCACAUGGAUGGCAGAGGAAAAUACGAGUUCAAGCCCAUCACAGAGGAGACGGUGGAGUUCGGCUCCUAACUGCUGAGGAUAUCCCAGAAUGCACUGCUCUGAUGAAACCAGUCCAUUGAUUCUUUGCACUCGAGACAGAAGUUAUAGCUAAACCUAGAGAAUAAUGUUUUUAAUCAUUUGUAACUCUCAGCCUUGUUUCUCUUUUUAUGGAAAGGAUCUAACCAUUAAUUUGUUCAGUGUGAUUAUAAAACAUCUGUAAUUUAUGUUGCCAACAUCUGGGUGUGUUGUACACACUGGAGACGAGUGUGUGAAGUGAACAGCUGGAGUCAGAGCUCAGCUGUAAUGUAGCUCAGUCUGGAGAGGAAACUGAGGAACCAUGUUCCACAGUAAACUGGAUACUGCAGUAUGUACUGUAGUAUAUACUGCAGUAUUACUAUAUAUAUAUAUAUAUAUAUAUAUAUAUAUAUGUGUAUAUGUGUGUGUGUAACAGUUAUCAUGAGUCAUGAAUCAUCACAACCACAAAACCAGUCAGAACAGCAGAGACAACAGAAAUCAUUCCUUGUAAAACUGGCUUUAAUUAAAAUUAAAAUGACCAUUAGAUCAUGGUCUUCAUCACAUCAUCAUCAGAUCAUUUAUCUCUAGAUAAUGUGAUAAUUAAUCAGUAAUAACGAGAUGAAGGACCUAGGAAAUCAACCACAGCUGCUGGAGCUCCAGGACAAACAGGAAGUGAACAACCUGGUUCAGAGACAGAUGUUAGACCGACCUCUGACCCUCCAGUCGCUGUACGUAAACAUUCCUCCUCUAAUAUGUUUGAUGAUUAUCAAUAUUGUUAAUCUGUCAUUGAUCUGUGGUGGGAGCUGACAGGUGGACCUGAGACCUGGUCUCUCUGAUAAACAGUCAUGUGACCAAACAACAGAGGAGGAGCUGAGAGUGGGCGGGGACUGUCAGGAAACAGGAAGUGAUGUAAGCUUGCUCCACAUUAGAGACACAGCUCGGUCUACAGUCACAUGAACUUCACUCUGAUCUGGUUUAAACUACAGUCAUUAACUGAUCAACGAUCAAACACUUCAUGAAUAAUUAAUGAGCCAGUGAAGAGGGUCAGUCAGUUUAUUCCUCUGUGGUUUGUUGUGAUCAGCUCAGGUGAGGAAACUGAAGUGAAAUCUGAUUGGUGGAUUAGCUCAGAUGAAGCCACAUGAUUGGUCCAUACUCAGAAAACAUCAGAGAUUCAUUAUUUUUAUUAAUUAUUAUUAUUUUCAUAUUACAAUCUGAUAGUUAGCAUUUCCCAUGAAUGAAUUUCUGUUUGAUUUAAUAUAUUUCUGGGUGUUGGAUGAAAAGUUGUUGAUAAUUAUGUUAAUUUGAUUUAACAGGAGCUCAGUGGCUCUAAAGUGCAAUGAUGGCUUCUCUCAGUACGACAUCAGACCCCCCCUCUGCCAUGACCCCCCUGUCUAUGUCACACUAAUACACUGAAUACACUGUAACUCUAUGUGAGGAUGGAGAGGAGCCUAGCUGUACCAUGGUUUUGUAAUAAUACUGCAUUAAUAAUAAAGUGUAGGAAUAAUGA